AACCGGAGCUAUCCCUGUUGGAGGUCGAACUACAAAGAUUUUCUGCAACAUUUGUAAGGGCUAGGCUUCCAAUACAAGUUUUGAGAUUGAGGUUUCGUUUUAGUCGUCUCGUUUUACACGAUCACGAUGGGAGUCGAUUACUACAACAUCUUGAAGGUGAAUAGAAACGCAACGGAUGACGAUCUCAAGAAAUCUUACAGGAGAUUGGCAAUGAAAUGGCAUCCCGAUAAGAAUCCAAACAAUAAAAAAGAAGCAGAGGCUAAAUUCAAGCAGAUUUCCGAAGCCUACGAAGUCUUGAGUGAUCCACAGAAAAGGACGGUCUAUGAUCAAUAUGGAGAAGAAGGGUUGAAAGGCGCGACUCCCUCUGGUUCCUCCGGUGGAAGUGGAUUCCCCUUUGGUGGUGGAAAUUCUGGUGGUCCAAAUGAUUUCAUGUUCAACCCAAGGAACGCAGAGGACAUCUUUGCAGAAUUCUUUGGGAAUAGCCCUUUUGGGUUCGGUUCAUCAGGUCCUGGGAGGUCUAUGAGAUUCCAAUCCGAUGGAGGUGGGAUCUUCAAUGGGUUUGGUGGGACUGAAAAUCACUUUCGAACGUACAGUGAGGGGGUCGGAGGAGGCAUGCCCCGGAAGCCACCGCCGGUGGAGAGCAAACUACCAUGUAGCCUUGAGGAGCUGUACACUGGGUCAACAAGGAAGAUGAAGAUCUCCAGGAAAGUGGUUGAUGUCAGUGGGCGACUAGUUCCAGAGUCAGAGAUCUUAACAAUCACUGUGAAGCCUGGGUGGAAGAAGGGAACAAAGAUCACAUUUCCAGACAAAGGAAACGAACAGACAAACCAGCUACCAGCAGAUCUUGUAUUUGUGAUUGAUGAGAAGCCACAUGAUGUCUACGAGAGGGAUGGCAAUGACCUGAUUAUCACCCAGAAGGUGUCAUUAGCAGAGGCACUUGGGGGAACCACUGUGAACCUCAAAACACUGGAUGGUCGUGAACUGAAUAUUCCAGUAACUGAUGUUGUGAACCCAGGGUAUGAGCUUGUGAUUGCAGAUGAAGGAAUGCCAAUCGCCAAGGAGCGAGGGAACAGGGGCAAUCUUUGUAUCAAAUUUGAAGUAAAGUUCCCAACAAGAUUAACAUCUGAGCAAAAGACAGGUCUCAAGCGUAUCCUAGGAGGUUGAUUAUAAGGGUAAUCUUUAUCAACAAAGAUAUCUAUAUAAAUAUAUUAGUGACUCACAUUCUUCACAUCAUUUCCCAUUUGUUUUUGGUCUGAAUUGAUUUGAGUAUCAUCAAUCAGGAUAGGGCUCAGUCGAUUUAGUGUAUCCAAUGUAAAAUGGAUGUUGUGUUCUUCCCAUUAUUAAUGUGUAGUUUUCAUUUUU